CUCCCUCGCAAUUGCAAGCUUCUUCUCUGCCUCAGCCACCCAAAAGCCAAGAACUCGAGAAUCCGAGAAUCCGAUUGAAGUGGGAAAUGGUGCAGCGGCUAACAUACAGAAAGCGGCAUAGCUAUGCCACGAAAUCCAACCAACAUCGGGUCGUCAAAACACCCGGUGGGAAGCUAGUAUACCAGAGUACUAAGAAGAGGGCAAGCGGUCCUAAGUGCCCUGUUACUGGCAAGAGAAUCCAAGGGAUUCCUCACUUGAGACCUGCCGAGUACAAGAGGUCUAGGUUAUCCAGAAAUCGGAGGACUGUCAACCGUCCAUAUGGUGGAGUGUUGUCUGGUGGUGCUGUGAGGGAAAGGAUCAUUAGAGCUUUCUUGGUGGAAGAACAAAAGAUUGUGAAGAAGGUUUUGAAGAUACAGAAGGCAAAGGAAAAGCUUGCUGCUAAGAGCUAAAGUGCGAGUCUGGUGUUGAGAUAGUGACGGAAACAAUUAGCCAAGGAUCAUGGAAUUGUAUUCUGAGGUCUUAAAGCCUACUAUCUGUAUUUUGUUGGGACUCUGGGAAUGUGACUCUUUAUUUUCCUCAGUUUGUUGAGAAAUCUAUGAUGCUAGGUUUUUGGGUUUUUCAGCCUGUUGAUGGCAAUUAUACUUUGGAUUGCUUUUUAUGUGAUUUAAAGUUUUGGUCUCAUUGAUUAAGUCGUGGUAUUCCCUGCA